CCGCGAUGCUUUCUUGAAGGCUCCCGCGUCAUUAUGCUCGCAUUUCUCGUGCGGUUGUCGACUCGGAAAGUAUAUCCUCAACUAUCGCCGGGUAACAAAAAUUUCGAUCUUUGGACAUAUUAAAAUUCCCGUUACAAAAUGAUUAAAAUUUUGGCCCUUUUGCUAUUCACUUCAGUCUGUGUCAUAAUCAAUGCUCAAGAGACGGCAUCUAACGAAAAAUCACUUUUUGGCCAAACGUUUGAUGAAAUUAUCGUAUCAUCGGAUUUAAAUGUUAGAAGAAAAUCAAAAGAAAAUCGUCAGGGCAAAAGAUUAUUAUCAAAUGUGCCGUCAGCAACUACUGGUCCACCGGAAAGACCGACUGCAAUUGCAUCCAGACUCGUUUUCGCCGAUGGAAGCCGUAUAACGCCAGAAAAAAGAGAGAAACGUGGCAUAUCAACGCGAAGGAGGUAUCUGAAUCUGGGCGUCGCGGGAUACUUGCUGAAAUCUCGGAAACGGUGAAAAUUUUAUACUCCAAGGACAACCGCACGACCCUCCACACCCUCAUCUGUGAUCACACUUCUUUGGAUGAAUUUUUAGGCCACGGUUCAUGUACAAAAAGGAUAAUAAAAUUUUUCUGUGUCAUAACA